AUGGUACUAGGCAUCGCCAUGAUGGCAGCUAUGCUGCCGACCAUGAUUGGUCUCAAUGAAGCAACACAGGGUGCCCGGGAUCAGGACGAGAAUCGACGCAAUACGAACCGCAAGCAGCGCUGCCACCUUGUAGCUACCUGUUCGCUAGACCAGGGCACUCCAGAGCUUCGAAGCCAAGUACACAAUGCUCAGAUUCAGGUGGGCCUGGAUAGAAAACUGUAUAUCACCAAACAACCUGGUAGCACCAUGGCGCCCUUCAAUGGGGGCUUCUUUACCCACCCGGAUUUCAAGCCUAAUAACACAUCCGGCUUGGUGACGGUAACUGGUGAAGAAACACCUACAUUACGCUGGGUCUUCCUUGACUCGAAGACACACGAGAUGCGCUGGGGCGGCCGUCCGGAUACCGAGGGGCAUGUAUGUGGGCCAUUCGAUUGGACCAAAGAUGAACAGUAUGUGACGCUAGAAGGCUGGGAGGGGUUUUUGGCCGUCCGGUUGGAACAAGAUGACACCCGCGAGCAUGUAGAUUCCCAGUUAGGGAUCGUCGAUGGGCGAGAGGUUUGGCGAUUGUACUUUGAUCAGAAUGAUGAUGGGGCUGAUCUUCCUCCAAACGCGAAGGGAUUGGAGAUUCGAUUAAAGCGGGUUAUGGCGGAGUCAUAG